AUGGAUAUCGGAAUGAAGCCUUUCGAUCCAUCGAUUACGUUUGAAAAUUUGGUUUCGACCGGUCGUUUAAAUAUCAACAAUAUGGAUCAUCGCGAAAUGAUCGCCACAAUGGAUGCUAUAUUGGCUUCGCUGAUGUCUUGGCUUGAGGGUAAUUCAAUCGCACAAACGGUGAAUUACUGGCUAAAGCAUAGAUUGUUGCAGCUUCUCACGUGUGUCUUUCUGAGUCGUGCAAAUUUGGUGACCGAUCCUUUGUUAUCUUCAUUUUCAUAUGGUAUUUUGGAACUUACAACGCUUUUUCGCCAUGUAAUACAACUAGCCUCUGUUUACGAAGAGGUAGUCGUUUUUUUUCUGUAUUUACACCCUGAAUUUGUUUGUAAACAGUUGGUUUUCAAGCUUUUCAUUAUUAUUUAGCC